AAAGUUGCAAGCACAGUGCAAAGAAUUUUGUUCCCUGAACUAUUUGAGUUCAUUUAGUUAUGUUUCUUUAGUCACCCUUUGGGCUGCAGACAGUUCCUCAGUUUUUCCUUGAACUUCAUAAUCUUAACACUUGAAGAAUAAAGGCCUAUGUUUUUGUUUUUGUUUUAGUUUUUAAACAUCAGCUGGGGUUUGUCUGCUGUUUCUUCAUGAUCAAAUCUGAAUUAUGCUUCUUUGGCAGUAAUAUCACAGAAGCAUUGCUGUUAUUCUUUUUGGAUCCUAUCAGAUAACCUUUUUUAUGCUGCUUUCUGCAGUGUGUGUGAUGCUGAAUUUGGCUGGUUCAAUCCUCUCCUGUCAGAAUGCUCAGCUAGUCAACUCCCUAGAAGGCUGCCAGUUGAUCAAGUUUGACAGUGUGGAGGUGUGCGUCUGCUGUGAGCUGCAGCACCAGUCGACCGGCUGCAGCAACCUCGGGGAGACGCUGAAGCUGAACCCGCUGCAGGAGAACUGCAACGCCGUGAGGCUGACCCUGAAGGAUCUCCUCUUCAGCGUGUGCGCCCUCAACGUGGUCUCCACCAUCGUGUGUGCAUUGGCCACAGCCAUGUGCUGCAUGCAGAUGGUCUCCGCCGACGUCCUGCAGAUGUUCCUCCCGCAGAGGUCACAUUCUGCCAGCGCUGCCUGCGUGACCCCCCACGGCACCGUUCUGCACCGGACCCUGGAUUUCGACGAGUUCAUCCCCCCGCUGCCCCCGCCACCCUAUUACCCUCCAGAGUACACCUGCACGCCCUCCACCGAGGCCCCCAGGGGCCUCCACCUGGACCUCGCUGGGUCUCCGUUCAGCACUUUGUAUGACGUGGCCAUCAACAGCCCUGGCCUGCUCUACCCUGCUGAGCUGCCCCCACCGUACGAGGCAGUGGUGGGCCAGCCCCCCGCCGGCCAGGUUACAAGUUCAGAUCAGCAAGUGGCUGAGACUAGCUCCGGGGACCCAAAUGCCACUGCUGUCUUCAGCACACCAGCACCGGCCGACAGCGCAAACCUCCUGGUGUCCGAGGGUGCCGCCGCACCGGGUCCCAGCCACCCAUCCCCUGACAGCCCCAUGGGUGUCCCGCCCCCCGCCCCCCGCCUUGCUUGCACAUCUCUGGAGGAUCCCAGCACAGACAAGCAGACACAGCAAGGUCCCAGGCAUGUGUCCCGCUCCACCAGCGACCCCACUUCAUGCACAUCUGGAGCAGCAGGUGAUGCCUCCUCACACACAGCCUUGUGCAGCCAGGACCUAGAAGCAGGGCUGUCUCGGGCUGUUCCGGGGACCGUUUCCAAGUCUCGCUCUGCUGUGGCUGCCUGUCGGCCCCAGCUUUCACCACCUGGGGACCCAGACACCUGGAAAAUCAGCCAACAGCCAGUGCCAGAGGUCUUCCCAGCGGUCUCCAAAGAGCGGCCACACUCUUUAGUGGACAGCAAGGCCUAUGCAGACACCAGAGUCUUGGUGGCUAAGUUUUUGGAACACUCGCACUGUGCCCUCCCUCCCGAGGUGCGGCACGUGGUGGGCGCCAUCCGCGCGGCAGUGUCGUCCGAGGAGCGCCCCCUGGAGGAGGCUGUCUUCAGUGCUGGCGUCCCGGACCAGGUAUGAAGGAGCCCCAGGUCUAGAUGUGGACACCGACAGGACUGGAGCCAUCGACAUUCUUGCCAGAAGCCACCGUCCUGGCACAGAACCAUCGAGGGGACACCUGGGAGUAUCUCACAGUGGCUCAUCAGGGGACAGUUAUUCCCUGUCUUGAGGUGGAUCCGAUCAGUUGUUUCCUUGGGGAUUCCAUUUCCUACCUAGUCCAGUAAUUCAGAAAGAUGACUCACAUCCCUGGUGAACUCAUUGGUUUUAUCUGGUGUGUGGCACCUUGAACUGAGCAUAAAUACGAAUACAGCAACAGGAGACACUCGUGUAAUUUAAAGACCCUAAAUGUCUUCAAAAUCAGGGCUGUCAAAACCAAGAUUCUGCUUGUCCCCAGUUCAGGUUUAGUGUUAAGUGGACAGAGGACGACAUCAAGCAAUGAGACCAUUUUCUCAUGCAGUUUGCAUCGCCCUGUAACCAAACACUUACCGUAUUCUGACCUAUUCCUUUAAAAGGAAAUAGGUAAUUUUAGCACAGAUGGCAGCCUGGGCCCACCUCUGUCUGCAGGUCACAGGGCUAUCGUAUGAGUAGGCACACGUGAGGGACUCCACGGCUGCACAGCCACCCCUGAAGGCAGGUGGGGCCUGCAGGGGCCUGGAAGAAUCCACGAUCUCCUAGUCUCCCUCGGCCUCCAUCUGUGGGGCCUCCCCACUGUCUCCCUGGGCUCUUUCUGCCAUCUGCCGUCCUAUACCUGGAGCAGACACACUAUAGUUGUUGUUUGUUCCCUAACAAUAAGCACCUGUUCUAAGCCCCUCUGGGGGCUUUCCCUCAUGUCUGGCCUCACCUCACUGGCCUCGGUGGGUCAAGGUCUGAGGGGAGAGGCCUGCUUCUCCAGGAUGUGGGUACCUACCCAUCGAGUGGCAGUAGACACAUCUGCAUGGGAGGAUGCAGAUUGCAAACCGUUUAUUUCCAGGAAAAUGCCCACAGUGUUGGUUGUGCAGAAGCAGGCAAGCCCAGCCGGGGUGUGUCUUCCGUGCCUUUGGACAACUUGGGCGCAUUUGACUUUUUCCAAACCUUCCUCCAGCCCCUUGUUUUCUGGCAUCAGCAGCAGCAGCGGGUUCCCGACAAUGGCCCUGGAUCAGCACCAUCCACUGGAACUUUCUGCAGUGAUGCAAACGCCUGUAUCUGGGCGGCCAAAGCUGCCGCCACUGGCACAUGGGGCUGCUGAGCCCUUGACUGUAGCUGGUGGCCCCUGCGUUGGACGAUGCAGCCCCAGCCUGCAGGUCUCAUAAGAGAGCCCGUGGGCCUGGCACAGGGGGUGCAGGGGGAACCAGAAAGGUGCCCACCACUGCUGGGCUCUUGCUUUCCUCUGUCCUCGAACCCCUGCCCCCUCCCUCAGUCCCCAGUGUGUUGGGGAGCUUCUGUGUGGCGGAAAGCUGGGCCCCGCAACCUGAGGUGUGGGAAUCCCCCAGCCAUGGUCACCUGCCAAGGCUUUGAGGCUCAUUGAUGUUAUUGGUUGUUGUUUCCCAGAGGUUAGAGAGCUGGAAAAAUAUAAAUCAGGCCUUUCAAUGACAACCCUAACUUUUCCAUGAGAGAUGUACUAGAGGUGAACUUAUGAGCACUUUAUUCAGACUAUGAAACAGGAAAUUUCUAAUGUUUCUCAAGUGAGAGAUUUGCAGUCCCCCAAAUAAGUCUCUUUGCAGGUGCAAUUAAUGGACGGAUUUUCAGAAGGGUCUCCCCUGAGUCUGUGAGCAAAGCUUUAACGCCCGGGGCCCUGGGCUCAGAACCUGCACCAUCUCCAAGGUGUGAGCCAGAGCCACCAGCUGCAGGGGUUUUGCCUGUUUGGGGAGUUCACGCCAGGAUUGGGGGAGCAUACAGCAGUGUCCCUCAGGUGGGCUAGGGCUGCAGUUCUCAGACCUGGCUGCAAUUCCCAUGAGGCCAAGACGCCCGCACCCUGUGGACUCAGCCUCUGGGCACGUCCACUGUGCAGCCAGGGUGAGGCACUGCUGGGCCACCCAGCCUGGUGCUCUGAAUCCUGCCCUUCACCUCUCCGCAGCAGGACCUUGUCCUGUCUGUCCCCGGGCUCCUCCCCCAGGCGGUGCCUCCCCCAGGUGCAGGGCGAUAGUCCCAGGGGUUUCCAAGUGUCCUGCCAUUCACACCUUAACCGCACUUGACAGCUCUGUUUGUGGAUCAGGAAACCGUACCUAACUAUGCCACUGGGCUGGAGCCUUCUGCCUUCUAGAAACAAGGCUGUCAGGGGCGGUGGCAGGGAGCCCUUUUGGGCCUACCUGCUCAGGGCUACCUGUGUGCUCUGGGAAGGCCCAGGCUCUGGGCUUCCAGGAAAGGUUCCCCAGAAGACAGAGGUGCCAGUUAGAGCCACUAGAGAAUGUACUGGCAGCUUAACUCACCACCUAUGGUACCCUGAGAGCCCGGCUCCGGGGCACCUGGGCACUAGAGCUCUGGCAGUGGGCACCCGGCCUCAGGCCGUGUCGGCUCACGGCCGCGAGGAGAGCUGGCGUCCCCCCACCGGCACACCUUCCCACUGGGGGCCUCAUCUCCUACUCCCGUUUGGGUAUCUGAAAUGGGCCCAACUGCGGCUGUUUGGGAGGUGACCCUCUCCUUUUAUGGCUCACUGGGUCUUGGGCACUCUCCCAGCCCACUCCCAAGACCCGUGGGGGCAGCACCUGCUAGGACGCCGCCAUUUACCUGGCUUGGAGGUCUCUCGGGAUGCUGAGGUGGGGGAACUCUGCACCCCAACUCUGUGGCAGGCAAGGUGGGGACACUGUUCACAAGGACUUAAGGUUUCCUUCAGGUGGAGACCAUGAUCCAAAUUAAAUGCUCGUGACAAGCCCUGUGACAGAAAGCUCAUUUCAAAAGGAUGUUUUUCCCCUCACCUGUACUGACUCCCAGAGGCUGCUAAGGCAGAAUUUAUAAGAAAUUGUUUUCAAGCCACCAGAGACCUGUUUGUACAACUGCAAAGGUUGUAUUUAUUUAAUGUACCUCAAGGUGUUUUAAUAAUGAUAAGUGUUUUAAUAAAAAAUAUUUCUGGCC